AUGUCUAGCAGUGUCGAUUUCGUUGCAGUCUUUCCGAAUAACAAGACAAUCGACUAUCAUGGCUCUUGGAUCGAACGUUCGGGGGCCGGUACCAACUUGACCGGUAACCAUACCGUCGCGUACGGCGAGGCUAGCGACGCAUCGGCCGUGUUUGAUUUCUAUGGGGUGGGCAUCGCCGUAUAUGGUCUCGUCGAGCCCGGCUAUGCGCCUGUGUCGUCUGCGUAUACGUUAGACGGUGCCUCGUCUGCGACGUACACCUCGCCCUCCAAUGUGACGUCGAAUCAAGAUGGCGUUAUAUUCUUCGAGUCGCCUCAGCUUGUGCAGGGGCAACACCAACUCGUGAUUAACGUCACGAAUGGUACAGCCACGAACCCGUACAUGCUCACAUUCCUUGGUUAUCUGCCCUCGCUCAACAUUUCGCAAACAUCCGGGGGAUCAACGCCUACUUCUUCUACGAGCAGCAGGUCGUCGACUUCGCCUGCUGGCGCCAUUGUAGGAGGCGUCGUGGGUGGAUUGGGUGGACUGGUGAUCCUGAGCUUCCUCCUGUACUGGUUGAUCAGUAGACAUAGGAGGGGAAUGCCAUACUUCUAUCGCUCGGCGUCGGCGACAGAUAUGCUGCACCACGAAGCCAGGCCAGGAGACGCAGAGGCAUUCGCUCCGGGGAACGCGUCGUCGAUGUUCGACAAUCCCGCGUCGCGAUCUGCAACAGGGCUGCCGCAUGCUUCGAGCGACGUCGCGGGCGAAAGUGCGCAUGUGUCCGAGAGCGAUGCAAGUCAACCACAAAUGAGCUACGCGGCGUCCGCUGGGGGCUCUUCCACCUAUCAGUUGAUGCUACAUGGGACAGCACAGCGACCGACCGCUCCCUUGGGGAAAGCAGCACGAGCUGCGAUUAAUAGCGGUAGGUUUGGACCGUCUUUGUCUCCUGGUCCUGUCGAUGAGCAUAGUGUGCCCUUGGACGUUCCACCAUCGUAUACGGAGACUUGA